GCUCCGAGAGGGAUGGAGGAGCUGUACAAUGCAGCGGGAGUGUUGCUACACUGCUAGACAUCAGGACUACAGAGGAUGCUGUUAGCAGGGUUUCAGAUAAAAAAAAAGCAAGCUGGCUGUUUCAGUAAACAUGCUUUAGUAAAAUAUUCCAUAAAAAGUUUUGCAACUGAUCAGGUGAACACUACAUAAUUAAUGAUAUAGCAUUUCAUAUUCACCAGGCAGUGGUGUCCUGUAUUCAGAUAAGAGGAGCUUGCUAUAUCUUGAUAUUAAAAAUAGGACUGAUAAAUGGUGUUUGCUUUUUGAUGCUUUUUUGCUGGGGAGUGCAAUGCCAAAUGGAAAUGAUGGACUGUUAUACAAUUAUCAACUACACAGAUGGACCUGUUCGUGCUGCCGCUUACAGCACUUCAUUCACAUUACGAGAGCAAGCCGGGCAUCUUUAAAGAUAUGAUUAAGGGUGUUUGAAAUGUAACUAUUUCAACAAACCAGCAAGGAAGGGAGCAGCCGGAGUUUGAGGAGCAGCUCAGUUGGCUCUUUUCUGUUCUUUUCCAAUCUGGAAAGCAAGCUAACAAAUAACCCGCACCUGGAUCUAUGAAAGUCAUAUUUAUUUAUCAAACACGGGAACAUGAAAUAACUUCACCUGGGAAAUAUACUGGCACAUGAAUACCUUUUUUCUAAUAUUUAUUACAUACACACUAAAACAUUGUAUUUAUUGCACAGUAUUAGGAAAUCUAUAUAUGCAAUGAGAAAAUGUUUUUUCUGCUUUUCAUAUAUGGGAUAAUAUAUUUAUCAUUAAAUAAAAAUAUAUUUGUCAAUACAUACUAUAGAGAUUUCAUACACAUUCUGUACAGUAUAGCUGGGAAUCUUCAAUACAUUGCAAUACAUUAAAUAUAUACAUUAUAAUAUACAAUAUACUGUAGUAUAUGAAUGAAAGAUAUAUUUGUAAUUGAAAAAUGAUUCAAUACUAUAAGCUCAUAAAGAGUUUUAGUAAUUCUGCCAGGCUCUCUAUUCUAAUAUUCAUCAUCUAAUCCAAUCUGCAUUACUUGCUUGAAUUCCAACAACAUUUCAAGUCCAGUCCUUUGACAAGCAAGCUGGCAUAUAAAGAACUGGGGCUACUAGAGCAGGAGGCUGGCUUCUAGAGAUUUUGAAAGCGUUGAAACGUUUUCAUGUUUAUCUCAGGAAAGACGGACCUCUGCAGUCAUGCUUACAUCUGACAGCCAUUCAGCACCCCCACAUGCAAGAUGAAGUAUUGGAGCUGUUAACAUAGGAGUGAGAAUCUACACAGUGAUGAAUGCUGUUUGACACUGAGCUGCAGGAAAAACUAAAGUUUAAGGGUUUUACAAAUGCAUGAUUCAAAAUAGGACUGAUUAAUGGUGUUUGCUUUUUUGAUGCAUUUUCCAGAUCACCUUUCUAUGCUUUUGGGAGACAAAUCUUUCAUCGUGAUGCUGUUGUUUACACUAUAAACAGUUUGGAAUUUUCUCAUCACAGUAUACUGCAAAGAAAAGGGACGACAACAAGACAUCCCAAGACAUCCUUUUACACUGAACACAAACUGUACAUCUAGAACUACAGACAGGUGGUUUUUAUUGAUUGUAUUAAACGACUGUGUGUGUUAUCUGUGGAAGGGUGAGCCCAGUCUUCUGCAACCCUCUCGUUUAGCUAAAGGAACAGUGCUGCUAACUCAGCUCAGUAGACUAUUCAAUUGAAUAAAUCACUGGAGUGAUUUAGUCAUUUCCCUGGUCAAUAGAAACAUGUAAUCAAACAGAGGCACCUCAGCCAGCCCAGUUAGGAUUGCAGGCUGGCAGAACCAGCACACACUGAUUGUGAAAGCUCUCUAACAAGCGCCCAAUUGAAAGGAUGCAAGAGGCAGGUUAUUAACCUUGGAUUGCAAACAGAAAACACACAUCGCGGGACAGAAGGAUGCAAAACCAUUUCAUUAUCAGGGGAAUAUUGGAGGUCGGACCACCACCCUACUGUCCAUAACGAUAUUGAAUCAUUUACUGCCUACUUUUCAAUGAUGGGUCCCAGCAAUGAGGACUGAUCAAAACAAAAGCCUUCUAGAGCUUGUGCUAAAGAAGCAGCUCUGCUAACUCAGGUUAGUUCAAUCUCAGCCUCAACACAGAAACGAGAUCCUCUCUGCUAACUCAGGUCAGCAUAAUCUCAGCCUCAACCCAGAAACGAGAUCCUUUCUGCUAACUCAGGUCAGCAUAAUCUCAGUCUCAACCCAGAAACAGGAUCUCUCUGCUAACUCAGGUCAGCACAACAAGAUUCUUACUUUGGUCCACCAAAACAUGGCAAACAUCAACGAAUCCGAUGGGCUGUUCUUUCCAACUGGGUUUCCCUUCAACUCCUCCUUGGAGUAUGAAGACUUUGAAUUGGACCCGGACCCCAGUAAGUUCGUGAUCCCCUCUAUAUACGCUGUUGUCUGCUGCAUCGGACUGACUGGUAACGCCAUGGUCAUUUACGUAAUUUUGAAAUAUGCCAAGAUGAAAACUGCCACCAAUAUCUACAUCCUGAACCUGGCCAUCGCUGAUGAGCUGUUCAUGCUGAGCGUCCCAUUCCUGGCUACCUCGGCUGCUCUCCAGCACUGGCCCUUCGGCUCCUUGAUGUGCAGGCUGGUCUUGAGCGUGGAUGGCAUCAACAUGUUCACCAGCAUCUUCUGCCUGACCGUCCUGAGCAUUGACAGGUACAUCGCAGUCGUCCAUCCCAUCAAAGCUGCCAGGUACCGACGCCCCACUGUGGCCAAGAUGAUCAACAUCUGCGUCUGGGUUCUUUCCUUGGUGGUCAUCCUGCCCAUCAUUAUUUUUGCAGAUACAGUCCCAUCCGGGGAUGGCGGUGUUGACUGCAACUUUCUGUGGCCUGAAUCUUCAUGGUCGGAGGCCUUUGUGAUCUACACCUUCCUCUUGGGUUUUCUGCUGCCCGUAGUUGCCAUCUGCCUCUGCUAUUGCCUGAUCGUGGUCAAGAUGCGUGCCGUGGCUCUGAAAGCUGGCUGGCUCCAGAGGCGCAAGUCCGAGAAGAAGAUCACUCGGAUGGUCAUGCUUGUGGUCACCGUGUUCGUCAUCUGCUGGAUGCCCUUUUACAUCAUCCAGCUGCUCAGUGUAUUCCAGAGGCCGCCCGACCCGGUCAUUACCCAGCUCUUUGUCAUCUUGAGCUAUGCCAACAGUGGGGCCAAUCCCAUCCUUUACGUCUUUGUGUCGGGCAAUUUCCGCCGCUCCUUCCAGAGGAUCAUGUGCUUUCGGUGGAUGGAGAGCAGUCUGGAUGGGGAGCCGGUGGAUUACUGUGCCGUGGCCCUAAAAAGCAAAGUGGUCUGCAGCCCCAAGGAGUUCCAGAAAGACUGCUUGGGCUCCGAGAUGGUCUACAGGAACGGGACCUGCACUUCUAGAACAACCACGUUGUGAGGAGAGAUUUGUUUCUUUAGGAGAGGGUCGUCCAGUUAGCAAGUCCAUUCUCUCAUAGUCUUAUUGGACCGUUACAGUUUUCAAGUCAAGACUAAAAACGCACUUUUAUAAAUGGCUUUCUUAUCUUAGUGGGUUUUAAUGUAACUUUAAAAUUGCUGCUUUUGUAUUAUUAUGUGUAUACUGUUAUUUGAAUGGUCUGACUGUGGCAGUUGUAUGUAACACAUAACUCCAGUAUUGGCUGCACUUCACUGGCUUCCAAUAUGUUUUAGAAUUGAUUUGAAGGUCUUGCUGCUGACAUUCCAUGGUCUGGCUCCUGACUAUCUAAAAGAGCUCCUGUGCCCAUAUGCACCUGUCCGUGCUCUAAGGUCAGCCAACUCUGGUCUUUUGCUUGUUCCAAAGAUUAAGACCAAGAGAAAGAGUGAAAGAGCUUUUAGCUAUAAUGCACCAAGAUUGUGGAAUAGGUUGCCAUGCGACAUCAGAGAAGCAAAGUCACUUAAUGUUUUUAAGUCAAGGUUAAAAACUCAUUUUUUUAGAUUAGCUUUUGAAUCCUGAUUUUAUGUAUUAUUGUAUAUUAUUAUUUUAAAUUUGUUCACUGUUUUUCUGUUUUUAACCAAGUUGUUGCUUACUUUUUAUUAAUAUUACCAAUUUUGCUGUAAAAAUUGUGUUUAAUUCUGUAUUUUGUUGUU